AUGGCGAUCUCGAUACCCUCGAUGAAGACGCUACUCCUCUCCUCCCUCCUCUACGGCACGAUCCAGGCCUUUGUGCCCCUAAAAGACAUCCACCCACCCAUCGACAACAACAAUCUAAGAAACCACGCUCUCCCCUCGGAACUCGAACUCGACACCGCACGCUGGGUCCCCGUGGCGACCCUCGCGCCCGUCACCUCGAUCCCCACGUUGUCGAUGCCGACGCCAACACCGACGCCCGCGCCCGACGACGACAUCAUCCUCCCGCUGGGCCUCGACGCCUUCGCCGUCCCGGAACUCAAGAAACGCCAAGGCGCCCCCGUGGCCGCCCCUGCCCCAGACGCCCAACCAACGGCAGUCGGCCAGAUCAGCCCGAUCACGACGUACUACAUCAACAGCGAGGUGGCGCCGGGGUCGUUCGCGCAGGUCCCUGUCGUGUAUACGCAGACAUUCCCGCCCGUGCCGGAUCAGUGGCCCAGCCCUGUACCUGGGACGAUCGGCCUAGGCACGAUCCAGGGUCAGAUCGGGCAGGUGAGGAGCAGUAAGCGGGCGGUAGCGAUGGCGGAACCGACGCAAGCGCCCUUUGCUGGUGAUAGCGCCCACUUGGAAAUGGAGGUGCGGAAGCCGCAGACUUGGAGUGCGUGA